ACCUCGGCCAGGGGAACCCAGACCUCCCACAGAUAUUAUUUUCCUCGCUUGUUUUAAAUUAUCUGCCGCAGCAACUUUAUUAACACUAAACAAUGUCGUGGCAGACACACGUGGCUAUUGGCAUUAUAAAAAAGAAUACGCGUAACAUGUAGCGCGCCUCAAUAUUUUAUCGCAUAUUUGACGUUGGAAAUGACCGUCUAAUUUUCAUGCUGCAACGGGCGAACAUAAUUCUGUCGUGUAACUAAAACUGGACAAGUGUUUCUGGCUUGUUUCAAUUUAUCGUCGUUCUUUACAACAAGUUGUCUCACUUAAAUCAUUAGCGAGGAGAGAGAAAUAGGACGAGUGAGAAGGGGAUACGUAAAUAUUGUACUACUUUCUUCCGGCUUAUUUAUUUCACUGUCGACUGCUCCGCAGCCAUUUUAUUAUUUAAUAUCCCCGAGAGACUCUUGUCGUAUGCGACACAUAUUGUACUUAUCGCUGAGAUACGUGAUACAAGUUUAAGUUAAGAAGACACGUUUAUUUUUCAAAAGUGCUGGAAACACUCCGGCCACUGUGCCCAUUCGUGCAAACUUGUACGCUAUUUCUCUCGCGCAGUUGUGUCUCCUCCAAAAGUACGCAAGCUAACAUUCCCAUCGUCUCCGUCGAAAUCUUUAUGUUUCCUUCAAUCUAAUCUCUAUUUCAAGAUCCCCCCGCCGAUUUCUUCGCGAUCUUGCGAGCCGCGGUCGCCAAUAACGAAGGUCGACGAGGCCUCGGGCAUUUCUCCGCUGUGAGAGCUCGCGUCAAAAUUCAAACGCAGCCGAGCCGUGUCGAGGCGAUUGCAGGAAGAGCCUCCCGAUUACGAAAUCCGCUUCCUCGCGCGAUUCGCACGCUCCUGGCGAUCUCCGAAUCGCCGCGUGCUCCCGCGCCACGUGCGCCUUAUGUGAACGCGCCCGCGUGUUUAUUUCACCUUCGCCGCUCGCUCAGUCUCGAUCCGCGAUCCACGACGUGAUCGACGGCGGCACGUAAGACUUUCGCUUGCGCUCCUCGGCCAACGGGACGGCUCCGGGAUCUUCCGUCUAUGAUCGGCGUGGUCUCGAGGGGAGAAAGGACAUCGUUGGUACGAGCCACCUGAAGACUUCGUUCUUUCUCCCGCGUUUUUCUUUCAAAGAAAAGCUUCGGGAUCGAUCCCGCGCUGAACGCGCGGACCUUUGGAGAGCGCUAUCGGCCUCGCGUGUUUCAUUCGUGACUCUCGAACGGGACUGAUAAGACGAAUACUGCCGGCGCAAUUACUGGCGAAGACCUCGGUGCGAGGGGAAAUAAGUGACGACCGACCGCGCGCUCCUGCCGAUAAAUCGACUAUUAAAUCCAUACGCGGAUGCAAUAAACCGGCUCCGACUUGUGAAAGCACCUGAAUUGACACCAAGAGGAACGUGCGGAGCCCCCAGGACGCGGGAUAUACCGAGCGGUGCGCCAAAGGUACCAACGGGAACGGCCGUUGCGCGGAGCUUCGAUAAGACCGGGUGCUGCGCGGAGGAGAGAGAUCCUUUCAUCUGAGAAGCAAACUGACUCGAUCGGCGAUAUUCCCGAAUCUGGGGGGCUGCUUUUUCCUCGACGAUUUCUCUCCGUCCCAGACGGAGAGUUCAAAGACACUUGACAUUACGGGCCACUGAAAAAAAAAACAGUGUAUAUACUUGGUGAAUGUCGGGUGUGGGACGAAGGCUCGAUUACGACAAGACACAUCUUCUCCAAAUGGAGAUAGAAGAAAGAGACGGAGACGGAGUGAACAGAUAGGAGAGGGAGCGAGAGAGUGCGACGUGCGUCGGCGAGUGGGGAUCCUGAUAAAGACGGACCGACCGAGAGGAAAGGCGGAGGGACCGGGAAGGAAGAGUGUAAAAAAAGAGAGAGAGAGGGAAAGAGAGGGAGAGUGCGGACGCGUGAGGGGGAGAGAGAGGCCGCUAAUGUUAGAUCUUUUAUCUGUCGGACGAGCGGGUCCGGGCUGAGCACGGGGCCUCUUUCCACCGAAAGAGUGCAACGGGUCUUCGUGUCUUCGUGCCGACGAGUAGACGGGUGCAGUCGAGCCGCGUCCCUCCGGAGGACGACACGAUCCCGUCCGCGCGACUUGAACAGCGCGCACUGGUCGCCGCGCCGCCUCGGACGAGCCGCAAUCUCGUCUUCCUCGUCUUCUUUUUUUUUUCGUUUCCUGGCAUUCUCGGCGCUCACCCGCAGCGAUUCGACGGGACGAAGGAUCGCCGGACCGGCGGUCGUCUCGCCCGGAGGAGAAGCGACACGGCGACGUCGCGCGAUCGGCGGCCGAUCGACUGCGAGCUGGCUGGACCCGCGAGCGCUUCACCUCGGGAUCGAUCAUGGAUGACGAAAAGAUCAAGCUGUUCAAGGAUAAGGCGCUUUAUGGCUACGGGACGAGCAUCCCCCCGAACAACAACGAGGAUGAGGAAAACGAGAUGUCACCGCGGAAGGUCAUCUUCUGCGUUCAUGGAAAAUUGUCAGGCUGUUGCACUGUGGUGAAAGGCUCCGGUGACGAAAAUGCCACGGACUACCAACAAAAUCCGACAGUGCCUCUCGAAGAUCAUUGUCACAGGGAGAGGGACGAGGAGAUUGACAAGAAAGCCCGAAAAAAGUUACUGGUGGCCAGUGUGCUCUGCGUUAUUUUCAUGAUAGCAGAAAUCGUCGGCGGAGUAUUAUCGAAUAGCUUGGCGAUAGCGACCGAUGCCGCACAUUUGUUGACUGACUUUGCAUCUUUCAUGAUAUCUCUUUUUUCCAUCUGGGUCGCUAGCAGACCGGCCACCAGAAAAAUGCCUUUUGGUUGGUAUCGAGCAGAGGUCAUCGGAGCAUUGACCUCAGUUUUGUUAAUAUGGGUGGUCACCGGCAUCUUAUUCUACCUCGCGAUAGAAAGGAUCGUCCACAAGGACUUCGAGUUGGACGCCACGGUGAUGCUGAUCACGUCUGCAGUUGGUGUUGCGGUAAAUCUAGUAAUGGGCCUGUCGUUGCACCAGCAUGGCCACAGUCACGGCGGGCACAGCCACGGCGGGCACAGCCACGAUAGAAGCAAUGAUUUGGAAAAUGAGCUCGAUGAUGAUCUCAAAGGAGAGAAUUCGAAAAGGAACAUCAACGUGCGCGCCGCGUUCAUCCAUGUUUUGGGUGAUUUUAUUCAGAGCGUAGGAGUGUUCAUCGCCGCAUUAGUCAUUUAUUUUAAGCCAAGUUGGAGCAUAGUGGAUCCAAUAUGUACAUUCCUCUUCUCUAUAUUAGUCAUCCUCACCACGGUGGCGAUUAUCAAGGACGUAGUCAACGUUCUGAUGGAAGGUAUUCCCAAGGGUUUCGAGUAUUCUCACGUGGAGGACACCUUUAUGCAAAUAGAUGGUGUCGUUAAGGUUCACAAUCUUAGAAUCUGGGCGCUCUCGCUCGACAAGACUGCUUUGUCAGCGCAUCUUGCUAUAAAACCCGGAACGAGUCCUCAGAUCGUCCUGCGCACUGCCACGCGAAAUAUCCACGACAAAUACAAAUUCUUCGAAAUGACGUUGCAGAUAGAGGAAUUCAACGAGCGAAUGGAAAACUGCAAGCAGUGCAAAGCACUGUCGCAAUAAGUCACCGCUGUUGUACUUAUAUGUGUGUCUCAAUCGCGAUAUAAGGGACGUGAUGUGUAACGAAGAUAAUGUUAAAAGUUUCAUGACCGUCGCGAGAUCGCGCUCCGCCGAAUGAAGCCGAUAUGACAGCGUACAUGCAACACAUCGAACUCUUGUUGUACCUCUUCAUUUUUUUUUCUUAGCUUCGUGAAGAUAUGUACGAGCAGUCAAUGUCAAUCGUACACACAAUGCGAUGUAUUUUCUGUGAAUAGUUUAUUUGUUAUUUCAUUAUAAGGUAAAAUAUCAUUAGUUUCACAAAUAAA